AUGAAGAAUUCCAAUAGCUCUUUGGGGUUCUUGCCUACAACAUUCAUUUUGGUUGGCAUCCCAGGCCUGGAGGCCGAGCACUUCUGGAUAUCCAUUGCUUUCUGCCUGAUGUACAUCAUCAUCUUCCUUGGAAAUGGCACCAUUCUUCAUGUCAUCAGAACAGAUGCUUCCCUACAUCAGCCCAUGUAUCUCUUUCUUGCCAUGUUAGCACUAGCUGAGGUUGGUGUCUCUGUAUCCACCCUGCCUACAGUGCUAGGUAUAUUCCUUUUUGGCACCACUGAGAUUAGUUUUGAAGCAUGCCUUUUCCAGAUGUUCUCCAUCCAUUCUUUCUCCAUUAUGGAGUCAGCUGUGCUGCUGGCCAUGUCUGUAGACCGCUUCGUGGCCAUCUAUAGCCCACUGCGCUAUACCACUAUUCUGACACUGCCUCGUAUCUUUGGCACAGGAGUUAUUAUUGGACUGAAGAGCAUUGUGCUCAUGGCUCCAUUGCCCAUGCUUUUAUGGAGGCUGCCGUUCUGUGGCCAUAAUGCUCUCUCUCAUUCCUUUUGCCUCCACCCUAACCUUAUCCAUCUACCUUGUGGGGACAUUUCUAUCAACAAUAUCUAUGGACUUUUCAUUGUUACCUCCACUUUUGGGCUGGAUUCAUUGCUCAUAGUAAUCUCAUAUGGGCUCAUACUUCACACUGUAUUGGGUAUUGCCACUGGAGAAGGGCGGAAGAAGGCACUCAGCACAUGUGGUUCACAUAUUUGCGCUGUAUUAGCUUAUUAUAUACCUAUGAUUGGCUUGUCUAUGGUGCAUCGCUUUGGAAAGCAUGUAUCUCCUCUGCUGCAAACCAUGAUGGCUAAUGCUUACCUUUUCUUCCCACCUGUUGUCAACCCCAUUGUCUAUAGUAUUAAAACCAAGGAGAUUCAUCGUGGCAUUAUCAGAAUGCUAGCAAAGAAGAGAUCCAGAGUUUAA